CUGAUUCCUUGAUAUAUAAGAAUGGAUGAGACUAAUACUGAAGGAUAAUAAUAAUAAUAAAUAUUAAACUUUACACUGGAAGAAAAACAAAUGAUGAUUGCCAAAAAUGGAUGAUUUCACCCAUGAAGUACAAGAAAUUUCUUUCAAUAACCAAAAUAAUGAAGAAGAACUAGUUGAAGAGAAAUUUGAAAGAUUUCAAUCACCUUAUAAUAGUAAUAUUAAUCAACAUUCUCAACGAAUUUAUCAGUCUCAUUCUAUUUUAAAUCAUAAUAAAGUUACAAAUUCCCAUCCUUAUCAACAUCAUCAGCAUCAUCAACAUCAACAUCAUCAUCAUGCAGUAUGGAAAGGUAGACAGCAUAAAUAUCAUGAAACAUGUAUAAAAUUAAUAUAUUUAACAUGUGCUACAAUUAUUACAACAUGUUUUAUCAUUGAAUGUAUAUUAAUACAUUUAGUUAUAUUACCAUGUCGUCAUGAAUCGGGAUUUUUACCAACGAAUUGUACUUAUAUUGAAUCAAAAUUAAUAUCAUCAUCUGUUAAAUGUGAAAAUAAAUGUUCAAAAGAUCGUUCAAGUUUUCAAUGUAUACGUAUAUUAAUUAAAUAUUCUAGAUUAAAAGAAAAUUUUACAGCAAGUUUAUAUGAUAAUAUAGCAACGUAUCAAUAUUAUCAUUCACUUGGUUGUGCUACCAGUUCAUGUCAUCGUCAGAAUUCAGCAAACCAUGAAUGGGUACAAAAUUUUUGUCAAUUAAUUAAAAAUACUGUACAAUUUACAUGUUAUGUACAUGAAGAUCAUAUUAAUGAAGCUUUAUUACAUAAAUUCUAUGGACCAUCAACAAUGUUUGAUACAUUAUUUUGGCCAUUAACAUUAUUAUUUGUCUCGAGUUUAUGCUUAAUUAUUACAUGGUCUUUUGAUAAAUGUCAUGUAUGGCAUGAUGAGAAAACAAUAAUUGCAUAAUAUUAAAUAUUGACUUUUUAUAAUCAAAACUGACAGUAGUGUUAUAAUGAACGAAAAUUCAAGGCGAAGAAGACCAAUUCAUUUCUGAAUGCGAAAUCAUACAUCUUUGAAUUAUCUGUUACAA